CCAGGUAGUGAAAGUAAAAGUCAACAGCUUUAAAAAGUUUCAGAAGAAAAACACACAGUGAGUAUUUAAAUCUCAAGCUGUAAUUUAUUAACACACUACGACUAGAUGCAGAAGAGUUUAUUUAUUAGUCUUUACUGAAGUUUUAAUCUACACAGAGGGUUUUAGGACUUGAUCCUGUGACUAUUUCCUGUAAGUGAACUCUGUGCUGAUACAGGGGUUUGAUUUAACACACCGAUGUUGGAGUGAAGUAAACGUGUGUCCUGCUGUAAUCUGGAGAAGGAGACAUGACCUCCAACAUGAGUGUGUCUGGAAAACAGGACUUAAAGAAAGACGAGAGAAUGAUGGAGGGAAAGAGAUCAGACUCACCAGAACCCAGCUGUGUGUCCAUGAAGAGUGACAGGUCAAUGGGACCUCCACUACACUUCAGAGACAGCUCUCCUGAUGUGAGACCAGAAAAGAGGAAAUCAAACGUCAGCAGAAAUCAGUUAGAGUCCAUAUUCAAGGAGCUGGAACACAAAGUCAUCACUCUGAUAAAGAAUGAGCUGAAGAGGUUUAGGAAGCUCCUGAGUCCAGAUUACCCAGCAUGCACUGAGAGGGAGGUGGAGGAUGAGGAGGAUCUGCACAGUGUCAGAGAGGGAGCGCUGAAGAUCACACUGCACGUCCUGAAGAACAUGAAGCACACAGAUCUCGCUAACACACUGCAGAACAACUUUGUGGACUCUGUGUAUCAGCCAAUGUUCAAAUCCAGCCUGAGAGAGAAGUUUAAAAGAGUUAAUGAAGGAAUCUCACAGCAUGAAAGUUCAGCACUUCUGAAUGAGAUCUACACAGAGCUCUACAUCACAGAGGGUUGGAGUGGAGGUGUCAAUAAUGAACAUGAGUUGAAACAGAUUGAGACAGCGUCCAGAAGACCAGCAACACAGGAGACACCCAUCAAAUGUAAUGAUCUCUUUAAAGACAAGUCUAUCAGGAGUGUGCUGACUAAAGGAGUUGCUGGAAUUGGAAAAACAGUCUCUGUGCAGAAGUUUAUUCUGGACUGGGCUGAAGGAAAAGCAAAUCAGGACGUCAGCUUCAUGUUCCCACUUCCCUUUAGAGAGCUGAAUGUGAUGAAGGAGAAACAUCUCAGUCUGAUGAAUCUUCUUUACCAUUUUUUCCCAGAAAUGAGAAAACUAGAAUUAAUAAACUGUAACUCCUACAAGGUCCUGUUAAUCUUUGAUGGCCUGGAUGAGUGUCGACUUUCACUAAAUUUCCAGAAGAAUGAAAGAGUGUGUGAUGUGACAGAGUCAGCCUCAGUGGAUGUUCUACUGACAAACCUCAUCAAGGGGAACCUGCUUCCCUCUGCUCUCCUCUGGAUCACCUCUCGACCAGGAGCAGCCAAUCAGAUCCCUCCUGAGUGUGUAGACCAGGUAACAGAGGUACGAGGGUUCAGCGAUCCUCAAAAAGACGAGUACUUCAAGAAGAGGAUGAGUGAUCAGAGACUGGCUAAUAAAAUCAUCUCACACAUGAAGUCUUCAAGAAGCCUCUACAUCAUGUGCCACAUCCCAGUCUUCUGCUGGAUCUCAGCCACUGUUCUAGAGAGAAUGUUGGGUGAAGCAGAGAGUGGAGAGAUCCCCAAGACUCUGACUCAAAUGUUUACACACUUCCUGAUCUUUCAGAUCAAACACAAGGACCAAAAGUACCAUCUGAAAUGUGACAUUGAUCCUCAGCAGACCAGAGAGAGUAUCCUGGCACUGGGAAACCUGGCUUUCCAACAACUGGAGAAAGGAAACCUGAUCUUCUAUGAGGAAGACCUGAGAGAGUGUGGCAUUGAUGUCAGAGAAGCUGCAGUGUACUCAGGAGUGUGUACCCAGAUCUUCAGAGAGGAGUUUGGGCUUCACCUGGGGAAGGUCUUCAGCUUUGUACAUCUGAGUGUUCAGGAGUUUCUGGCUGCUUUAUACAUAUUUUUGUCCUUCAUCAUUAAAAAGAGAAACGUGUUAGUGGGGCAAAAUCCUAGCGUUUUAAAUUUCUUCAGUAAUCCAACCAUGUCUGAUGUCCUCAGGAGUUCAGUGGACAAGGCCCUACAGAGUGAGAAUGGACACCUGGACCUGUUCCUCCGCUUCCUCCUGGGUCUCUCACUGGAGUCCAAUCAGACUCUCUUACGAGGUUUAAUGCCACAGACAGGGAGCAGCUCUCACAGCAAAAAGGAAACAGUCGAGUACAUCAAGGAGAAGAUCAGGGAGAAUCCAUCUCCAGAGAAAUCCCUCAAUCUGUUCCACUGUCUGAAUGAACUGAAUGAUCAGUCUUUAGUGCAGGAAGUACAAACUUACCUGAACAGAGGAGAUUACAGUCGUCUCAGGGGAACCAGACUCUCUCCUGCUCAUUGGUCAGCUCUGGUGUUUGUGUUACUGAACUCAGAACAGGAGCUGGAUGUGUUUGAUUUGAGUAAAUACGACCAAUCAGAGGAAUGUCUUCUGAGGCUGCUGCCAGUGGUCAAAGCCUCCAGAAAAGCUGAUCUGCGUGGGUGUAAUCUGACAGAUGAGAGCUGUAGAGUUCUGUCCUCAGUUCUCAGCUCAAACUCCUCCAGUCUGAGAGAACUGGACCUGAGUCACAAUAAACUGAUUCAGGAUUCAGGAGUGAAGCUGCUCUCUGCUGGACUGGAGAAUCCACACUGUACACUGGAAAUAUUGAGUCUGCGUGGGUGUAAUCUGACAGAUGAGAGCUGUAGAGUUCUGUCCUCAGUUCUCAGCUCAAACUCGUCCAGUCUGAGAGAACUGGACCUAAGUCACAAUAAACUGCAGGAUUCAGGAGUGAAGCUGCUCUCUGCUGGACUGGAGAAUCCACACUGCACACUGGAAAUACUUAGGCUGUGGGAGUGUAAUUUCACAGAUGAGAGCUGUAGAGUUCUGUCCUCAGUUCUCAGCUCAAACUGCUCCAGUCUGAGAGAACUGGACCUGAGUUACAAUGAACUGAAGGAUUCAGGAGUGAAGCUGCUCUCUGCUGGACUGGAGAAUCCACACUGUACACUGGAGAAACUGAGGAUGCGUUGCUGCAGUAUUACAGGUGAAGGUUGUGCUGCUCUGGCUUCAGCUCUGAGGUCAAACUCAUACUCACACCUGAAAGAGGUGAAUCUGUACGGUAAUAAUCCAGGAAAAUCAGGAGUGAAGCUGCUCUUUGAUCUACUGGAGGAUCCACACUGUAAACUGGAGACACUACUUAUUAUGAAAUAUAAACUCAGCAGGACUGGUGUAUGACAGGAGUCUCAGCUCAGACCUCUUUUCCAGGAUAAAGCAGUUUUGGUGAAGCGUUAGAACCCGUCCCACAUGUCCAGCAGUUUGGGAGCUGAAUCAUUCAUAUUCAGAUGUAGAAGCUCCAUAACAAUAACCGUGACUGAUCACAUCCUUUUAUCCUCUCAGCCACAAGUUACUUCAGGCUUUAAUAACAUAUUUUACACUCCAAAGUCAAAUCCUUCAGCGUCUACACACAACACAGAGACCUCAUCAACACCUCAUCACACUGAUUACACAAAUACACAUCCAUGUGUUGGAGCUGUUUAUAGAUUAUUUUACCUCCUUAUUUUUAUCUCUUUAUUCAGAGUGUUUCUGCUCAACAUGGCUUCAUUCAGUUCAUUGUGACAUAAUUUGGAAAUAUUUUUCUCACAAUUUAUUAAGUCACAGUCGUGAUUUACUAUUUUUAUAUUAUUGUUGUUCCUUGUUUGCUAAUCUGUUAGCUAACAGAAUUUAUUAUUA